GAAAAAAAUAUGCAGAUAGGAGAGAGAGGACUCAAACAAACCUGGUCUCUCCCUCUCCAGGUUAAUCCCAAUUCGAAAGGGAAAGAACCCUAAGAUAUUUCUUAUUUCUUUCCAUUAUAACCUUUUCUUUAUUCAAUUUCGGUUAGAAUUUCAUUUUUUUAAUUGCAAGGAAACAAAGUUUGUCCAGUGGUUAACAAUCACAUGCUCUUCCACCAAAGUUUGGUCUUUUGAUGCGACGAUCGCAUGCCCGAAACCGGAUUGAAUCCAAAUCGAAAUCGACCACCGACCCACAAAAAAUGGAUCCAAUAAAGCUCCAAAUCCUAUCCAAAUCCCGAUCCACUGCACUUUUCCCCCGAAACCCCCGUCAAACCAAGCCAUUCCCUUCUUUCAUCGCAGUUUCAAUGGCCAUUUCCCUUGCUUUGUUUGCUUUUGUUUACAUAUUAUUUUUCUCCCCCAAAUAUUGCGUCAAGUACAGCAUCAUAAUCGACGGUGGAAGCACGGGGACGAGAAUUCACGUGUUUAGGUACAAAGUUGACGAGGUCAGAAACUCGAUUUUCGAUUUUAAAGAAGGAUUGGAGAGCUUGAAGGUUAAUCCGGGAUUGUCGGCGUACGCUGAGGAUCUGGAAGGAGUUGCAGAUUCGUUGGAAGAGCUUUUGGAGUUUGGGAGGAGUAAAGUCCCGAAAAACCAGUGGGGAGAGACGGAGAUCAGGUUAAUGGCGACGGCGGGGCUGAGAUUGUUGGAUGAUGAGCUUCAGGAUAGGAUUAUGGAGCAGUGCAGGAUGGUGCUUAGGGUGUCUGGUUUUAAGUUCCGCGACGUCUGGUCUUCCGUUAUUACAGGUUCUGAUGAGGGAGUAUAUGCUUGGGUUGUUGCAAACUAUGUCCUUGGUACUCUUGGAGGUAAUCCUCUACGUACAACUGGAAUUAUUGAACUUGGUGGGGCAUCUGCUCAGGUAACCUUUUUCUCAAGUGAGACGAUGCCUUCUGAAUUCUCACGCUCCAUCAAGUUCGGGAAUUUCACUUACAGUCUCUAUAGCCACAGCUUUCUUCACUUUGGGCAGAAUGUUGCACACGAGUUGUUGAGGGAAUCACUUAUUAAAGGAGAUUUCAGUCCAGCUGCCGAGUCUACUCAUAAGGAAAUGUAUACAGAUCCUUGUAAACCUAAAGGAUACUUUCCCGGGUCAUCAAAACUUUUGUUAGAUCCCAUGGCUGAAAAAAGUAAAUAUAUUUCUGAAUUUCAAGCUAUGGGUAACUUCUCCGAGUGCAGAUCUGCUGCACUAAUGCUCUUACAAAAAGGAAAAGAGAAAUGUUCCUAUGAUCGUUGUUACUUGGGGUCAGUUUUCAUGCCCAUGCUUCAAGGCAAUUUUUUGGCUACAGAAAAUUUCUUCUAUACCUCAAAGUUCUUUAGGUUGCGCCAAAGGGGCACUCUUUCCGAUCUUAUUAUGGCUGGCCAACAUUUCUGUGAAGAGGAUUGGUCAAAAUUGAAGGAGAAACACCAAUCAUUCGACGAGGAAGAUCUUUUGCGCUACUGUUUUUCUUCAGCAUAUAUCGUGGCUUUACUUCACGAUAGCCUUGAAAUUGCUUUGGAUGAUGAUGAAAGGAUCAGCUUUGCUAAUCAGGUCAAUGAUAUACCAUUAGAUUGGGCCUUGGGAGCGUUCAUAUUGCUAAGCACAGCCAACUCGGCUGUGCAGCACACCGGCUGGAUAGCUCAUAUCAUCGACACUGAUUCAACAUUACUUUCCAUUAUUGGCUUUUCCGUGAUACUGAUGUUCACAGUUUGGUCUAUAUUGAAAUGGAGGAAACCCCAGCUGAAGACCGUGUAUGAUCUCGAGAAAGGAAGAUAUAUAGUGACUCGUAUCGGUAGAAGCUGAUCAUUGUCCAGAGGAGACUGGAGAGUGUAUUUUUGGGAGGAUAUUACUUUUGAUGCUUCCUUGGCUUCUGCUGCCCCACCUUAAGGGCAUCAUCAUGGCAGUGGGAAAUGUAAGAUUCAUAUCCAAAUUGUAACAUUUUCAUGGGCGGGGAAGUAGGAUUUACCGUAGAUUCCCAAUUUGUAUCAACUGAGAACCAAAAUCCUUAGGCUAUACGAAAGGAGAGUAUAUGGAUGGGUUGCGGGGGAGUUUCCUGUUGUAGGGUGAGUGAUGAAUACGGCGCAGUAGCCAAAGUGAGUUGUCUGAUAUGAUUAUGUUUACUUUUUAAUAUAUAUUAUUUAUUUAUUGUAUUUUAAAAGCUUGGCCGCACCUGGUCUAUAGAAUGAGAUUGGAAUUUCUCUA